CUGUCAAGCAGUAGCACGGGGUUGCGCGCGACGGCUUGCUGCACGCCAUGUGAGGUGUUGGUGGGUCGCGCGCGGUCGGUUGGAUGGGCCACUGCACGAGCUCGCUGUGCAGCAGAGCAGACAAGGGACAAAGCCAGCGACGACGUGACAAUCGGGCGUGCUCGCACUCGGCGCACGCAGGCGGGGACGCAAGAGGCAAUGGCUCAACGCCUGCGACGAGCGGGCGGCCAACGAGUCGGGCGGCUCAACACCACGGUGGCACAGCCAGAAGAGAGGCACUCACCGUGGCUCGAGCCGCGUUGCUGAGGGCCGCCGAGGUUGUUGUUGCAGUCGCUGAGAUUGUUGCAAGCAAGCGGGAAAUUGCGCCAGAGGCCGUUGGCGUGGGCGGGGCGGGCGAAUCAGUGGCGCGGGAGAGGCGGGAGAGCAGCCGUGGAACAGGCAUCGCUAGCGGACCAGGGACGGGGAAGAGGCGCACUGCAAGAUCCCCAGGAGCGGCUUCCAAUCGGCCGUGCUGCGCGAGACGCGGCGAGGGCGCGGUGGGGUCUUUGCACGCAAUCUGGAGUGCCAGCGAGGCUGCUAAAAGCAAAGGCGAAUGGGCUGAUUUGAGGGUGUUGGUGUCGCCCGUGUGUUUCCCGGCAGCUGCUGAGAGCAGGAAAGCGGGAAUGCCAUGUCCGCUGCCCUGCGUUGCUCGACGAGGUUGCACUCGGUGCCAUUGCACGCAUUCCAGGCGUGGGCAAUGGCGCAUGACGGGCAGCGACAGAAGCGCUGCAGAAGGCGCGCAGAAGGGUGCGGUCCGCGCAGCACCGUGGAUGGAUAGAUUGCGCGCUGCGUAGUGUGCGCACCCAACAGCACCCGGCAGCAGCAGUCGCCUCUGCGCAUUAGCGAGGCCAUGUUGCAUGGGCAGAUGACCCGAGGGUCGACGCCGAUGCCGCAGUGUGUCGCGACCCUGCCUCGAGCAUCGGUGGGAUGGAUGCGCCGUCAUUCCGUCGACUGAAGCUCUUGGACACGGUGCUCCGCGUUGCACGAUGCUGGC